AUGGAGAUCUUUAGUACAACUACCCUGUUAAUAAUUGUCUGUUUGAUUUUCCUGAUCUUAAGUAUCACACGUGCCAGGAAGCAUCAGAACAAAGAUAGGCUACCACCGGGACCCACCCCAUUGCCCUUUAUUGGGAACAUUUUGCAACUAAACGGAAAAGAGGUCUUCAAGUCACUCAAUAAGCUGAGUGAAAAGUAUGGCCCAGUAUAUACAAUUCAUAUGGGCAUGGAAAAAGUUGUAGUGCUCUGCAGUUAUGAUGCCGUCAAGGAGGCCCUCAUUGAUAACGCGGAUGAUUUUGGUGCUCGGGGACACAUGCCUCUACUGGACAGGAUAAGCUCAGGAGGACAUGGAGUGGUAGCCAGUAACGGGGAACGAUGGAAACAGCUACGCCGAUUUUCUCUGAUGACCCUUAGGAAUUUCGGAAUGGGUAAAAAAAGCAUUGAAGAGAGAAUCCAAGAAGAAGCCCAUUUCCUUACGGAAGAGUUCAGGAAAACCAACAGUCAGCCUGUGGAUCCAACUUUCUAUUUUUCCAAGGCAGUUUCAAAUGUCAUCUGCUCAGUGGUGUUUGGAAACCGGUUUGAGUAUGAAGACAAAUGUUUUCUCCAGCUUUUGGCCUUUUUCAAUGAAAUUUUCAGAGGUUUCAGCUCUGUUUGGGGACAGAUGUACAACGUGUUUCCUAAAGUAGUGGGAAAGAUACCUGGACCUCAUCAGAAAAUGUUUAAAGCUAUCGAUGGCAUUCUGGCAUUUAUUGCAGAAAGGGUGAAAAUACAUAGAGAGACCCUAGAUCCAAGUUCUCCUAGAGACUUCAUUGAUUGCUUUCUCUUAAAGAUGGAGCAGGAAAAAGAUGUACCACACACUGAAUUUCACAAGGAGGGUAUUUUGAAUACAACAUUUGAUUUGUUUGGUGCUGGUACAGAAACCGUCAGUACAACGUUGCGUUAUGGACUGCUGAUCCUGCUUAAACACGCAGAUGUUGAAGAAUGCAUCCAUAAAGAGAUAGACAACGUCAUUGGCCGGAACCGGGCUCCUUGUAUUGAAGAUCGGUCACGCAUGCCAUAUUUGGAGGCUGUGAUCCAUGAGAUUCAGAGAUUCAUUGACCUCAUACCAAUGGGAAUCCCACACAAAGUAACUCGUGACGUGCACUUCCGGGGCUUCAUCAUUCCAAAGGAUACCACUGUGUAUACCAUGCUCAGCUCUGUUCUCCGUGACCCCAAGCAGUUUAAAUACCCCAAUGAAUUUAAUCCAGGACAUUUCUUGGAUGAAAAUGGGAAAUUCCGUCGGAAUGAGGGAUACAUGCCUUUCUCUUCAGGAAAACGGAUCUGCCUGGGCGAAGGUCUUGCGAAAAUGGAGCUCUUCUUGUUUUUCUCGACCAUUUUACAAAACUUUACCUUGAGAUCUCCGGUGGACCCAAAAGACUUAGACCUGACACCAUUGAUGAGUGGAUUUGGGAACAUCCCGCGUCCCUAUGAACUGUGCUUUAUCCCACGCUAA